UCAUGCAAAAAUACACAUAUAAACCAGCUGAGAUGAAAUCUCCGUCGUUUUUGUUACAAUGUCUUCAAAUAUUUUCCAUUACCAUACUUCUAGCAGUCUCUUCGGUAGCCGCUAUCCAGCGCAGAACCCCGAGGUUGAGUACGAUCAGGGGAGUCACCCUGAAACAUCCUGAGAUUUUAUCAGCGCCACUCUCCGAAGAUCUGCAGACAUUUUACUACAACCAGACGCUCGAUCACUUCAAUUAUAAGCCUCAAAGUUACAUCAAAUUCAAACAAAGAUACGUGAUGAAUUUCAAGUAUUGGGGCGGACCAAAUGCACCCAUUCUAGCGUAUCUCGGAGCGGAAGAGAGCAUCGACGAUGAUCUCCGGGUUGUUGGAUUUUUAAAUGACAAUGCCCGCGGGUUCAAGGCUCUCCAAAUAUAUAUUGAGCAUCGUUACUACGGACAAUCAAUUCCAUUCGGAUCAAGAGAAGAAGCAAUGAGGAAUGCGAGCACUUUCGGUUAUUUCAACUCAGCGCAAGCCAUAGCAGAUUAUGCGGAAAUUCUAUUACAUAUAAAGAAAAAAUUGCAUGCCCAACAGUCUCCGGUGAUAGUCAUCGGCGCAUCAUAUGGAGGAAUGCUUGCUGCAUGGUUUCGGCUAAAAUACCCUCAUAUUGCCGUGGGAGCAUUGGCCUCUUCGGCUCCCAUACUUUACUUUUUGAAUAUCAAACUGACCCCGCCGGGUGGGUACUAUUCCGUUGUCUCUAACGACUUUAAGACUUGUAGUGAGAUGGUGAUGCCUUUUGAAAUCCGCAACGAUACAAUGUUUCCUUCUAAACCUUUCGAUCUGAAAAGGUUUGAGGAUGGUUGCAUGAGUACGUAUGGUGUCCGUCCUCGGCCACAUUGGGUAACUUCUUAUUAUGGAGGCAAUGACAUAAAAUUAGUUUUACGAAGAUUUGGUAGCAACAUUAUUUUCUCAAAUGGGCUUAAGGAUCCUUUUAGCAGUGGCGGGGUAUUGGAAAACCUAUCAGAAAGUUUGCUUGCCGUCUCUACCAAGAAUGGAUUUCACUGCUUGGACAUAAUUAUCUCAAGUGAAAGUGAUCCAAAAUGGUUGGUGGAGCAGCGUUCCAUGGAGGUCAAGAUCAUUAAAAGAUGGCUUGCUAAGUACUACCGUGAUCCUAAAGCAUUAACCAAACUUUAAUUUACGUGAUCCACAAUCUGAUGAUAUGAUCUGUUUACUCUCCUUUUGGCCUAAACAAACGAUACCUAGCUUCUUGUUCUCUCCGCCAAAUGUUAGGUUGUAAAAAACUUGCUAAGUACUACAGUGAACUUAAAGCAUUAAUCAAACUUUAAUUUAUGU